AUGUCGAGGGGCUCUUGCUUUGCCAAGAUCACCUACGGGCCGAACAAGGUUAAGGCCCGUGCCAACAAGAAGUGUUGGCUUAAUACAACAACAACAACAACAACAAUCCCUCUCAGCACAGUUGGCUCUCAAGCUCUCAACGAUGGUGUCCAUGGCAUACUUUUUAGGAAACUUUUAACUCCUUUUUACAGACCCUCUUUGCCACCUUGGCUGCAUGUGGUUCUCUUCGAGAUGGCAGCAGCUGAUCCUGUUGCAGAUCCUGAACCAGGUCACUUCAGAGGGGGAUUCCAUAGAGGCUUCGGUGGAUUUGGUGGACACGGAUUCGGAUAUGGAGCCUUCCGUGGAAAGAGGAGCCCAGUAGCUGAGGCUCUGGCUGACCCAGAACCCGAAGCAGAUCCUGGUCACUUCGGAGGAUUUGGUGGAGACAGAUUCGGGUAUGGAGCCUUCCGUGGAAAGAGGACCCCAGUAGCUGAACCAGAACCCGAAGCUGAUCCUGGAUUCCACCGAGGUUUUGGAGGAUUUGGAAGUUUUGGUCAUUUCGGAGCAGGCCGUUACUAUGGUUAGGACAAAAUUGUCAAAUUCCUUCACCUUUCGGCAUAAAUCUGAAUAAAA